AUGGCGCACACGACCAACAACCACACCAUGCUGCUGCCUGUGGUGGCAGUGGCGGCGGUACUUGCGCUGAUGGCUGCGCAGGCGAGCGCCUCGGGCGCGUAUGGCGAUCCCGGAAAGUUUGACUCCUAUGUCCUGGCCCUCUCGUGGACGCCCGAGUUUUGCUUCCAGAACCCUUCCUCCGAUGAGUGCAAGUCCAUCGAGCCUUCUGACUUUGCCGCCAGCAACUUUGGCCUGCACGGCCUCUGGCCCCAGUACAACUCUUCCCACGACGGCCACGACUGGCCUCAGUUUUGCCACGCAGACAACACAAGCUACUGGAAGGCCAUCUCCUCUGUGCUGAACAACGUUGAACAAGAGUUCCUUCAGCAGUGGAAGAAGUAUGCCCCCGCCUACGCGUACUCCGACCUCCUUACCCAUGAGUGGCAGCGUCACGGCUCCUGCGCCCUCCCCGCCGUGCUCAACGCGUGGAAGUCUGUGGACGCGCUGUACGACGUGCAGAAGGCGUACUUUGGAUACCAGAUGCAGCUCGUGGCUGCCAACCCCACGCCAGGGUUCGUCACACAGGCCCUCAAGUCUGGAAAGCCCGUGGCCGUGUCAGACCUGCAGCAGCACUUUGGCGGCGCGCAGUACGUUGGCCUGCAGUGCGUCAUGGCAGGGAACAAGGCGUUUCUGUCGCAGAUUGAGCUGUGCUACGCAAAGGAUGCCACUGGCCGCCCCACCACCAAGACGCCCUGCCCCGCCACUGUCCUCAACAACAGCUACGACAACAACUGUGUCACCACAAAGCAGUCCCACGUCUACAUCACAAAGAUGAAGUGACGGGCGUGCGCCGCUGCUCUGCUUGCGCG